GAAUUCCCGGCUGUCUGCGCGUAUCUCGUUUGUCGUAUGCCUCUCUACCGUUCCCUGCAGAACCAUCCGCCCAGCACGUACACAGACUGUCCCUAUCAGGUACAGUGUCUAGUAUCUGACUUCGCCACAGAGCCUCACAAUUACAGGGCUUGAUAUCACCAGGGAUUGCGUAUCGAUCUUCAGAUGGGCCUAAAGCGAAAGCCACAUCAGAAGUCGAGAAACGGCUGUGGCGUUUGUAAACAUCGGCGCAUCAAGUGCGAUGAACAGAAGCCGCGAUGCUCACAUUGCGUUCGACUCGAAGCGGAUUGUGUCUAUCCAGAAAGGAAAAUAGCACGGCGACCCUCACCUCACUCAGACAGCACGCAUCCGACCCCGUCGCAAGCCUCUGUUCAGACCCCGACAUCUGAGCAUUAUGCAUAUUUCAAUGCUGAUUUUUCUCAUUCGAAUGACCAUUUUUAUGGUCUUAACGACUUGGCUUUCUUGCAUCACUGGACACUGACGACAAGUCGGAGCAUUGUGGAGUCCCCACAAAUGGAUCACGUUUGGCAGUCGACAUUCCCAAAUAUUGGCUUCCGCCACAAUUUCGUGAUGCAAGGGUUACUUUGCCUGUCAGCUCUGCACAUUGCGUAUCUACAUCCACCGAAUCGACGUGCGCAUAUGCAGGUUGCGGCGAUGUAUCAUACUCAAUCACUCAAUGGCUUCAGAAACGCGAUCGCUGCGGCCGACCUUGAUCAUGGAGAUGCAUUAUUUGUCGGGGCAAUAUUGGCAUUUCUUUGCUCGUUUGUCACUUUUGGUGAACUCUACGAAGAGUUUACAGAUGACAGUGCCGUGGGUGCCAUAGGUGCAAUGGGCACACGUGCAACGCGUGUGCUAGGUGCCGACUGGAUUCCACUCGUGCGAGGUCUUGAGGCUAUUCUAGGUCCAGUCUACGAUCAGAUACGAACCGGUCCACUUGAAAUCUUACUUGAUAUUGGUAACUGGGAUGAUCUUGACCCGGACGUGCACCCUGGCGUAGGCGAUGAACAAAUGCUGGCCAUUCGACAACUAUGGAAGGAUGAUAAUAAUCACCAAAUCUACGAAGAAACGCUACAAAAGUUGCGUAAAGGCAGUGCUUGGGUUAAGCAUUUCCAGGCUACAGUAUACAAUCCAGAAAGUGGUGCCCAAGAGCCUAGUUAUAAUCAAGGUUGGUCGACUCCCUUCAUUUGGCUGUUCAUGGUGCCCGAGGGCUACUUGAAGCUACAGCGCCAGCGGCAACCCAUUGCUUUAGUGCUGUUUGCUUACUUCGGCACGCUGAUCCAGCAAAUUGAUCGGUUCUGGUGGGCACAAGGCUGUGCGAAGAAUAUCGUUGCCGUGACGAGCGAAUGCUUGGGCCCAUUCUGGGAUCCUUGGAUCGCAUGGCCGAAGUCUUUUGUGGGACUUUCAUAAUCAAUAUUUUCCUUUCAAGUGCUCCCCAGACAUAACUACUCGUACUCGUAGUGUAUCAAAUCUUCUCACUAGUUCACGGGUAUCUGGUUUAACGCCAAAGUCGGCGCCACUUCCGAUGAGGAAUGUAUAGCACAGACCUAAACCCACUAAGUUCGUUCGAUUCAGUACGAGAUACGCGAUACGAGAUACGCAAUCGGCCAAUAUCCAACAAUGGUACACCAUUCGAAACACCACUUAUAUCGAUAGGGCUGUGUAAAAUCUCCUUUAGUAGUCAAAAGCAUGCACGGGGCGCCCGUCUCUUUCAUGCCAAUUCUGAAAGCUAACAGUGCACUUGCGCAGUGCACU